AUGGAGUUACUGGAGAACUGGCUCUACAGCAAACUGGCUGGGAUAGGAUUUGACUACACUUACGCUGGGCUAUACUGCUUCAGGAGCGGUUUAUCAAGCUCUAUAGUCGACACGGGAGACGUUGUCACAGAUGUUAUAUCCGUAAUUACGCUGGUUAAAAUUCGCGAGUGUCUGGAUAACGAUCUGACGGGGUACAUAUUCAUUCCUGUCAACUUUGAUACCAACCACUGGGCAUGCCUUGUCAUCAACAAGUUGAAGAAGAAGAUUGUCGUGUACGACAGUAUGAACAAACGAAAGAUUGGCAAGAUACUCAAGUUGAUGGCCCGUGAGAUCGACGGCGGUCUACUCGAGAGUGCGUUCAAGCACCUCACAAUGACCACACCGCGCCAGAAGGACGGCGACAGCUGCGGCAUAUUCGCGUGUCUUCAGUUCUGGAGACAGGUGUCAAACGCUGCUCCAACGGAUGUGUCUUCGAGGGGUCUUGUUCGAGUGCGCUGGGAGAUGUUACAAGCUUUAAUGAACCAGAAGGCGCAGUGA